AUGUCGCAGCUUGCGCGCCAGAGUGAUGGCGACGGCUCGUCGGAUAACCAGCUGCUUUACUCAUCCUCGCUCUCGACGGCCGCGAUCGUCCAACCGAGCAGCCCCAGCACGCCCACGCCGAGAGACGCGAACGCCGUUGCCGCCGCCGCCGCCCUGGCCUCAUCGCCCUCACGGCCGCUGCCAACUUUGAGCUCCAGCUCGAAUACUGCCACUGCCACUGCCACUGCUGCUGCUGCUGCUGCUGCUGCUGCUGGCUCAUGCCCCAGCAGCCAGUCAUCGCCGCCGCACAUGGCGACAUCAUUCUCUACUCGAUCACUUGGACGGCUGGCCCCGAGCCCGCUGCAUACCACCACAUUCGUCUCCAAUGUCGCGAGCGUGAGCCCUAGCCCGACGACCUCCGACUUUCCCUCUCCCCUUCACGGCUUCCCGGCUGCCGUGCCCCAGACUCCCGACUCCGACGUCCGCGACGGCACCUCGUCGCAGCCACCACGAACUCGCAGGAAGCCCCCUUACUUCCAAGUCGACAAAACCAGUCCCUCGGCGUCUGAGACGAGCUUUGGCUCGAUCGCCCAAUCCCCAACCCGUAUCCCGGAUGACAGCAGGUGUGCCUCGGACCCUGUCAUAGCCUCGAAGCCCACAGAAGGCUCAGCUCUCCGGCAGUCCAUCACCAUGGCGGGCCCGCGUGUGGAGGCGGCCAAGGGCGCCCCCAGGAACUCGUCCAUCGACUCUGCCAUAUCCGCCAUGUCUUCGAGCUCCAGCUCCCUCAAGAACGCGGCCGACAGCUCGAGCCCGGCCGACAUUGCCAACCUAAUCAAGGCCGCCGGGAGCGCCGAGGCUGUCAUACAAUACCUCCUCAAGGAGAAGAACUCGCAGGCACAGCAAAACGCACAACUGUGGAGGCUGGUGGACAAGCAAAGAGCAAUGAUCUUGGGCCUAAAUAAGGACCUGGAACGGGCCCUUAAGGACAAGGAAAAGUACCGCAAGAAGCUCAAGGAGGUCGUGGGCACGCCUCAGGUUCCUCCACUGCCUCCCGUUCUGCCACAACAGAUGAGAGGGGCUCCUUCAGAAAGCUUGUCUCGUGCAUCCGAGGGCACCGAAAUGCCGCCCAAACUUUCCAUACCUGUAUCCCCCACGAUCGACUCCGACAGCAUCAAACAUUCGCCCGUAGAGGUCGCACUCGCUCCAUACCCAAUCACUCCUCCCGCAGACCAUCCAAUGGCUGGCAUCCAGUCGGCCGUUGGGGAUCUCCUCGAUCCCAUGCACCUGAUGCCAAAACCCGAGGAGCACGCACUCGACCAGUUCAACGUAGAUCAGGAAGAGCACGAUGCCGAUCUGGUCCAAAAGGAAGCCGACGAGCUUUCAGACCUGCCCAUUAACCUCACAUUACCCCCGUCACGAACCCCUCCAAGCGCGCCACCUCGCGGACCGCCACCUCGCGGACCGCCACCUAGGCCACCAGUCCCCGCAGAGACUGUGGAUGAUGGCCUCAGCCAGUUCCCGCGCCCGCCCGGCCCGCCUCCACGCAGGCCCCCUCCCGCGCCCUUGCAGCUGCAAUCACCAAUAGUCACCGAGGGGGAAGCAUCUGGGGAUUCAGACCUGGACGGUCUGCUCGGUGCGGCUGAUGACGACGCGGAGAGGAGAGGGCGGCGCAGAACACGCCGGGAGGAUGAUCAAGAAAGGGUGAUAAUCGCGCAGAAGGAGGCCGAGAUUCGAAGCCUCUCUAAGAAGAGCAGGAAGAGCAGCAGCUCAAAGAGCACGCCAAUGUCUACAGAGCCAGAAACGGCAUCGACGAAUAUGCCGGCAAGCCCACGCAGCUUCCCAGCCUGUAUACAGGCUGAGCCCGCCUCGCUGGCGGGUGUGCUGAACGGCGGCGACCGCGAGGUCGAAUCCGUCUUGAUUGCGCCGCCCAAGAUCAGCUCUGGCCUGCCCGCAAGCCCGCGCCCCUUCGGUAAUCCUAUUCAAACAUUUGCUUCGCCGCCGCUUUCACCACGCGGCCAAGCCGCAUUCUCGGCAACAAACUUUUCGCCCCGUGCGCCGCGACAGCCGAUCCCGCUACCAAACUCGCCUCAGCCCACGCCCCCUACCGCCGACGGCCCCGAGUUCAAGCCCAAACCUUUGAAUCUUGUCAGGAAGGCCAUGGACGCCCUCAGCGGAGGCUCAUCGUCGUCGAGCCCGACAAAGAUGUCCCGCGACAGCCCGAUCGAACCGAAGGAGUACACCGGAUUCAUCACGGAUGAGUAUCCGGAUCUCUUGAUCCCGCCCAAUGCGCUGCCUUCGGUUGACAUUAAAGUUGCAUCUUCGAGGAUGAAGCCCUCGCGGGCUAGUUUGCUGUCUCUCACGCAGUUGGAAGAGGACCCAGUCUUCACGCUAGCCAUCUUCUCCCGCGCCGACGGCCAGGAGCUAUGGAGGGUAGAGAAGGACUCAUUUUCGCUUGCCAAGCUGGAUCAGCGGCUGAAGCAAUGCCCUGCCUUCACAGCCAAGACGCCUGACAGGUCACUGUUUAGUGGACACGCUCCUGCCAAGCUAGAUGCCCGGCGUCUCGCGCUCGACCAGUAUCUCGACGACCUGCUCAAUACCCCCCUGGACACAGCCACUGCCGUGGAGCUGUGCAAGUAUCUCUCGACCAACACGCUGCCCCCCAACGCCGACGAGACAGGCGCGGUUGAGGUUGUCGCCGAUAGCUCCCGGCCGCUCAAGACGGGCCCCGGGGGACGGCCGUUCCGGAACGGGUAUCUGACAAAGCGAGGGAAGAACUUCGGCGGGUGGAAGGCACGUUUCUUCUGUCUUGAAGGCCCGCAGUUGAGAUAUUACGAGACGCCCGGCGGCGCCCAUCUCGGCGCCAUCAAGCUGCAGAACGCACAGAUCGGAAAGCAGUCACAGAGCAGCGACAAUGCCUCGCCGGCUCGGUCUACGGGUGGGGGCGACGAAAUCGACAACCAGUACCGCCACGCUUUCCUGAUUCUGGAGCCGAAGAAAAAGGACCCGUCUGCCAUGACCAAGCAUGUGCUCUGCGCCGAGAGCGAUAAGGAGCGUGACCUUUGGGUGGACGCGCUGCUGCGUUGGAUCGACUACCGCGAGCCGGACGAUGAGGAGGCGUCCAAGAAGGAGUCGUCGAGCCAGAGCCAAGGCGCAUCCGCCAGCUCGUCCUCGAGCUCCAAGAAGAAGAAGUCGUCCAGCCGCCAGGAGAAGCAGCAAAUAGAGAGCGAGUCGCUCAUUGGUGUCAACUACGACACCACACAGCAAGGAGAGGCACCGCAGCAAGGAGCUCAACCCACAAGGAAAUCCGGCAUCAAUGAUCACGAAGCCCAUUUGCCGACGCCCAUGGGCAUGAGCUCGCAGUCAGCCUAUGCCAUCUCGGGGCCGCGCGAUCCCCAGCCCAUCGCGGACUUGGCCAGUUGGGGUUCCAAGACGCCCGCGGUCUCGGCGCUGGAAGAAAAGAAGGCCCGUAAGCGAAGCUUCUUUGGCUUCUCCAAGGCGAGGACAUCGAGUGACGGCAAUGACUCUCUGUUUGGAGGGGACUCAAACACAGUACCUGGCAGCAGCGGGCCCAACGGUUACUCGGGCCCGAUCAGGCAGGUCUUUGGCGCGCCGUUGGGCGAGGCAGUCCGGUACAACGCGCCUUUUGAUGUCAAGGUUCCGCUCCCGGCCGUGGUGUACCGGUGCAUCCAGUACCUCGAGUUCAAGAACGCCAUCGCGGAGGAGGGCAUCUUCCGUCUCAGCGGCUCCAACGUGGUGAUCAAGCAGCUGCGCGAGCGCUUCAACACGGAGAGCGACGUGAACCUAGUGACCGACUCCAAUUACCACGACAUCCACGCGAUAGCGUCGCUUCUCAAGCUAUAUCUGCGCGAGCUGCCGACAACCAUCCUGACGCGCGACCUGCACCCACACUUCGUCUCGGUGAUGGAAAUGCCCAACUCCGCGGCCAAGAUUGCGGCGCUCGGCGAGCUGGUGGAGCGGCUGCCACAGGCCAACGCGACGCUGCUCAGGUACCUGAUCGCGUUCCUCAUCAAGAUCAUCAACAACGCCGGACAGAACAAGAUGACGGUCCGCAACGUCGGCAUUGUGUUCUCGCCCACGCUCAACAUACCGGCUCCCGUCUUCGCAAUGUUCCUGCAGAACUACGAGGGCAUUUUCGGCAUUGACGCUGAGCAGUACGAGCUGCCGCUGGCCGGCUCGGCCCAGCAGGAAUCGCAGCAGCCGCGCCGCCAGCAACAGUGCAACGACGACGGCGCCAGCGACAGGAGCGUGAACAUGCGUCCAGGAGCGGCCCCGCGACAGCCAUCCUUGGCGUCUUUGGACCAGCUGGCACGACCGUCCACCUCGGGCACCAGCGGGUCGCCACAUCGAAACCGCCUCGUGGAUUCUGACCGCCAACAGCGCAACACACCAACGCCCCCGCCCAUGGGUCAGUACAGGAACGGCGGGACGCCGCCGCCGGUACAGCAGCAGCGGCAGGUCAGCUACGAGCCGGCGUACCUGGCACAGCAAGGUAUGCAGACCGGGGGCGUGCCAACGGCGCUGAGGCCCGCAUAUGAGGGCGGCAUGUUUGUGCCGUCCAACGGGUUCGACAUGACGCAGCUGCACACGCCUACGGGACCCCGUGCGCCCAACCCGCAGUACGACCGUCCGAUUUAUGAACAGGCGGGCGCGGCCCAGUACGAGGGUCCGUUCGCGAACGGCGGUGGUAGCGGCAAGAGUCGCCGGGAGAGCGCCGUUUUCAUGAUGGGCGGUGGCAUGACUUCUCAGGGGUCUAGGAGCCGACUUAGGGAGGAGACACACUUUUAAAUGAUUUGUCUUUUUUUUUUUUUUUUUUUUUUGGGAGGACCUUGUUGGCUGCAAUCGCACGGUUGCGGACGGGUACAUGUUCGAGGAGUGUCUCGCUCUCGUACAAAUCGUCUCCAGCAUCAUCAGCAUCACUUCACUGGCGAAGGGGCGUUUUUUUCCUUCUUUUCCUUACUAGCAUAUUCACUUCCCCGCUGCUAGGUAUCACAAGUUACUUGAAUGCCGGCUUAUUCCCCCUUCUAUUAGUAUUCCUCUUUUUCGGGUAUUUCAGCCCUUUUCUGUUGCGGGUGGUGUUGGAAGAUACCACCACCCGUGAUUCUCUCAAAACUUGUCGUCUCGGCGCACUCAUGUCCCAGCCGCGAAUGGCAUAAAUUUUACGUUUGUUCCGUAUACCACUUGAAAGCUUCAUGUUUUUUUAUUUGAACUCUUACUCUUUUUGCGCUUUCCUCUUAUCUUGUUGCCAUAACAUGAGCGCAAUAGUAUUGUUGUUUGUUACCA